GGAGAGAAAGAGUCUGGUGCUCUGUGAGAGACGGCUUGACUGUGCAGCUCUGGUGAUCGUCUACAAACCCACCCCCCGACUGCGAGUAGGGUGCAGGUCCAUGGACAACACAAGUGGCCGGAGCGCAGCCACCACCACCACCACCACCACCAGCUGCUGCUGAACCGCCGGGACCGCUGAACACAGCGCUGUUUAUCGGGAGAAUGACGGAAGUGAUGAGCGGUUGCGAACCUGUAAUGGAGGAUUUUACCUUAAACCAGACUUCAGAGGAAGGCAGUCUGCCUUUUCAGAUAUUUCCUGAUUCGCAAGAAAAGUCGGAAAGGUAUCCGAAGAUGACAAAAAGACUGCCAUCAAUUGUCAUUGAACCAACUGAGGGUGGGGAUGUGGAGAGCGGAGAGCUCCGGUGGCCUCCUGAUGAGAUGAAUCUGUUGGAAGAUGAAGAGCAACACCAAAGUGAAUUAACUUCUAAACCAAAAACACCGGAGAAUGCGGAGGAAGAUAUAUCAUCAGCGUCCAGUCAGACACCAGAAACCGAAAGAGACUAUUCUGGUGAAAGAACAUCAGAAAGCUGGAAUGAGAGCAGCUAAAGGCUGGCACUACCUGACUGGAACCCCACUGUGAAGGUUUGGUCACAGACUGGAAUCUGGUUGAGAACCUCAAUAGGGAUUCCCAGUCAACUGAUUUGUUUGUCAAAAGGCUUCAUCUGAAUGUUCAGCUGUUACUUGAAUCUCUGACAAUUAUUUAUAUAUGUGGUGGUUGAUGUUAUGUAGAGAUAGUAUUUAUUGUUUCUAUAUUGUCUGUGUCUUAAACCUUAAGGAUGAAGUAUAGAUUUAAGUUUCAUGUCCACAUUUGAUCAGCUGUGUAUUUGGUUGUCUACAUAGCUACAGAGGCAGUAGUUUUCACUCUUUACUCUUAUUCAGUCAAUCACCACACUGGAUUGGAUUAUUACUUAAAUUGGCUUUUUAAAUAAUAGGCAUUAUAGUCAAGUAUUCACAAGUAUUCCACUCAUUUUAUUGUAACCUAGAACAAGUGGGACCCGUUGGGUCCUGUCACCCUCCUGGGAAUAAACAAAAGGUAACCUAAACAUUCUGCUCCAUACCCCCCAACUAGUAUUGCACCUCAGUGCAAACUCCUGUAGAUGUUUGGGGUUCUGAAUGCCAGAGGUCAUCUGUUUGUUUCUGAAAAGUUAGAACGGUUUAACACUGUGAUUUAUGACCCUGAAAUAGCUUGGACAGAAAUCAGUUCGUAAUUUGAGGAAACAAAAUCAUAAGUUUGAGGUCUUGCUAUUUUAAUCCUUUUUCCAUCGGUAAGUUGGCACGGCUCAGAGUCAAAGGGAAAAUGAAUUAGACCCAGAUCAAUAGAGACAGUGGAGGAAAAAUAGUACAAGGCCAAACUAUGCCUAAACCAUCAGCGAUUAUUUGUGAUAUUUUAAAUGUGACGUGUCUUUUGUGUUUAUGUGGUGAUUCAUUUUUAAUUCAAAAGCCUUCGAUCCUUUUCACUGCUGCCACAAUAAAUAAAAAAACAGGUUCAAAUGUCAGUUUAUUUCCAGAAGACUGAUGAAAAAAAGAACAGAUUUCCA